AUGGAAAAUAUUACUAAUAUUCCUCAAUUGCAUGUUAGAAAUUUAGUAAGAAGAAGUUCAAGACAUUCAACAAAAUAUCAUGGUGUAAGAAGAAGGCCAUGGGGUAGAUUUGCUGCUGAGAUUAGAAAUCCAAAUACAAAACUAAGGCAUUGGCUUGGCACAUUCGAUACUGCUGAAGAAGCUGCUCUAGCUUAUGAUAUUUCUUCUAUUGCUUUUUGUGGUAUCGAAAAUGCACGUACUAAUUUUGUGUACCCUUUUUCGUCUUUUCCUUCACCUUAUAAUAAUUCUCCGGCACCACCACCUCCGCCACCACCACCACCGCCGUCAACGCCGGAGUUGGAAGUGGUUGAAAAUAAUUGCAUGGAGAUUGAGAUGAAUGAUAAUAAUAAUGAUGAUGAGUCUCUUGUUAUUGCUUCUAUUUUACAAAGUUUUUGUCAUACACACACAUUAGAUAAGUUGGCUCUUUGA